AUGGAGGAUACUCCCCAAUCUGAGGCGGCUCAAGCCCUUGAGAUACUCCGGCGGUUCAAACUUGCCUGCAAAGAUCCUGCCUUCCGGCGAGCCCUCCGCCGCGCCUCCCAGAAGGACCUCUACUUGAUGGUACAGUCAAAGCUGCUCAGCCUGAGGGAAAUAUUUGAGCCGGACAAUGUGCUCCAAGUCACUGUUGACCACCCCCACCUGUGGACCCUGUGCAGCCAGUACGCCGGUGUGCCCCAGAAGAACCUUGGCACCCCAGCUGCCCCUUGCCCCGGUGCUCAAGAACACCUUCCCCCCCGCCCUCUUGCUCCAGCUCCUUGUAAGCGCCGGGCUGCGACUGGGUUCAGCCACCUCGCUCAUGCAAUGGCCAACUUGACCUGA